CACUGACCACCAUUGGUAGCAGGUGUGCGGUGUACGGCAGUCAUUCGACGACCAGCUACCAUCGAGCGCCGUCGCCUGUACUGGUUACUGUACUCAACGUAUUGUUGUUUCAUAGUACGCGUGUGUUACAAGCAAAAUGUUACCGAUUAUUAUCCCUCUAGUCCUGUGUCUAGCAACAAGUGCCAACUCACUGCGAGACAGACUAACCAUACCAAGUUACUCUGCGGCCUCCGAGUCGCAGAUCAGAUUUGCCAUAGAAAACAACUACGACGACACAGGGCCCGGGGCGAAGGGUCCGGAGUCAGCUUACAACACAUACAGCACUCUAGAAGAAGCCCUUGUUAGCUACAUCGACGAUCCGGACACCAAACUACCGGAAAGUGAACGAAUGAAAGCCAUCUUAAGACUUAUCAACACACCUAAAGACUACGAAAGAUAUAAUCCUAGUCAAGCAAUACGCGAACUCCCCAAAAGCGUUGCGGAGUACACGGGGUAUAGGAAUAUUCCGACCAUAGCGCCGAUCGUACUGAAGAAGCAGCCCUGGCACAACAAUCAGGUGCUGUACCACGACCCGAGAACUAACAUGGGUAUUUACGACUUAAGAGGAAUCUCAGUAAGCAAUAUAAACUCAGUAAAACCGAGGGAACGACCACAAAACUUAUACAAACUGGAAGAUAUCCACAUCCCUGGACAGGUGGGGCAGGUGAACUCUCUGCCCGUCCCCAACUACUACCCAUACCUCACGAAGUUCAUCCCCGCGCAGAGCCAGUAUGAAAGCAACCCCCAACACUCGUAUAGCUAUGGACAUAGGAACACGUGGCCACAUCGCGACGAGCACGACCAUCACGACUCCCGCGUUGAGGGUUCCAUGCGAGGCUACUACACGUUCACAGGCGCGGACGGCAAACAGCGCACUGUGCAUUACACGGACCGCAACCGAGCGAGACCUGUCAGCGCCAUCUAGUAACAACAACAUACAACCUCUGUCGCGUUACAACCAAACGCAUAACCAAAUAAUACAUUGUCAACUUUCAUACAUUUUAUAAGCUGUAUUAAAAGUAAUUAAAAUGCAAUUCACACUCAGAGCAGCUUAAUGAUUACUUAGUCUUGGUCAUUGAGUGAUGAUAAAGUGAGAAGUUUGUUAUUUGAAAAAUUAAUAAGAGAACACAACUGACAAUUUGUAUAUAGACGAAUAUUCUUGUUUUAAUCAUUUUUAAUAUUAUCUCAGUUUUCAUUUAAUCUUAGUGAAAUCUUGCCAUACUUGAUAAUUUAUUUAAAUUAUACUUUCCCAUGUUUGAAUCUAAUCCCGUUAUGAUCUAAACAUGUGUUCUAAAUGUAGUCAAUUCUGAUAUAAUAUGUUGUAAGAAAUUGUAACAAAUUAUUUCUAAAAGUAUACAAUUGCCGUUAUUUGUAUUGUAAACCGUAAUUUUACCAAUUUUACUUUAUAUUGCUUAUAAAAUUAUAAGCGCCUUUACAAAAUGUGCCGCAAAAAGAAAUUAAGAGUUUAAUGAAUUUAGUAAUUAAAGAUAUGAAAUUAAUAACAUUUUUAUAAUUUUUAAACGCAACUUUCACCCAUUGGAGUUGCCAGAGUCUUCAGAAAUCUUCAUUGUAACUAAUACUAUAUUUUAAUAUUUAUCAAAAUAAACUCCUUGAAAUAAUUUAAAGAAGCAACGAUGUGUUUUUGUAUUUUUGUACUUUGUAUUAUUUUUUUUAUUUUAAAGUAUAAUUGUACUCACGUCAUUUUGAAUGGAAAUAAAAUGAUGGAAAU